UUCAUAUUUUCAUGUGUUUAUUUUUAAUCUGUUUGUCACACAGCCGUUAUGUAUAAAUGGAUGUGUUAUGUACAGUAUAAUGUACAAUCUAAAAUAAGUGUUAAUUACACUCAGGGGAAAGAUGUGUGUGCCAGCUGUAUAAAAUCUGUUGAGAUGCUUUAGGGCUAUGUUUGUGUUUAACCUCUGUGGAUUGUUGCUAUACCACGUGGUUUUUAAAUGUCUCUCAUCUAAAAAAAGCCCACAUACUAUAAACUAGAAAAUGCCAUAUACAGGGCAAGAUGAACAGAUAAGCAGAUCUAAAACAGAACAGAACAUGGACAAAUAUAAAUAAACAAAUAUAAAUACAAAAUACAAAUAAAAUAUUAUUGUGAUAGGCCUAUUCUGUAUAAUGUUUACUUUAUGAACAGUAUAGAAAACCAUUUAUAGCAUAAUUGGAGGUUCUUACAUUAGCUACAUCUCUACCACCUAAACUUGAAUACAACAUGAUAUUAAAACGAUUUAAAAAAUGUGUAUUCGCCCCUCAUUUUGUAGAAUCAUUAAAUUGUCUUUAGAAUCAGAAUAUAUCUUGCCCUGUUUAGCAUUGGCAAAUAGCAAAGUUUGAUUCAUUGAUAAUAGCUGUGAAAUAAACUAAAGGCAAUGUUCUGGCCCUGCUUCAUGGUUCAGAGAAAAUACCAAAGCCUCUUUCUCUGGACAUUUCUCAAUACAGGAAAUUUUUUCUAAAUCAUUCUUAUGAAACACAAUUUUCUAUAAGCCCUUAUUGAGAACUAUUCAGUUUCUACUGUUUAUAUUCUUUCAUUUAUUUAGUGCAAAUUAAAUUAGUGACAGCAUUAAAAGGUAACAGUGUUUGCUUCACAUUUUGGAUGACAACUUGUUGUUAAAACCGAUCAGCAUUACUUAUUUCUACGCCCUCCCUCAAAUUAAAUUUAAAUGUAAAUGCUUUUCAAUAUACACAUAAAACUAUUUUUUAAAUAAAAUCUAACUACUUGAAUAACUUUGUGCGUAGAGACUUUUAUUAUGUAGCCUUAUGUGACGCAGGCAGCCAUUCAGAAAAGACUUCUCUCUCUGCCGUCACUGUACGAAUUUACAAAUUAGCGGACUUCCUGGGGUGUCAAACGUUAUUUGCAAAACAAAGGUGUUGCAUCUUACAGCAUCACGCGAAGAUUUUGUUUUUAAUGAAGCGAAUUCAAAGGUACAUGUGAGUCAGAUAUGGAGAAACUAGAGACAUCAGAGCUCCAGUCUAGGCUGUCGUCACUGUCUGUGUCUUCUUUUCCUGGUAUAACUUCAAAAAACUGUGAAGCAAACUCUUUAGACAGACUUAAAAGCACAGACCUUUCACAGACAGUAAUCCAACCGGAUAACCAACCCAAAAUGGAUGAUAAUAGCAAUAACAGAGAAUCCCCACAAUCUACAGAGGAGCCCAUAGCAUCUCUGGGGAAGGCAGGUGGAGGUGGUUCACUUGAGAGCACUGCCAGUGGAGGGACCUCGCACUCUGAGGAGAAAAAAGCUCUUCCACCGUUGAAACCAGCAUCCACAUGGACAACUCUGUCCCUGAAGGAGCUUAAAGCUAAGAUGCGUCAAGAGAAAGACAGCGUGGUGAAUGUCUAUCGUGGUGACGUUAUGACCGUCCACGUGCCUACAGUUCCUGAGGCCAAGCGUGUGUGCUGGGAGUUUGCCACAGAUGGCUAUGACAUCGGUUUUGGGGUCUACUUUGACUGGUCACCGGUCACCAGCCGAGCUAUUACUGUCCACAUAAGUGAAUCCAGCGACGAUGAGGAUGAAGAUGAUGAACUGGGAGAAGGCCCUGUUGUUCCUGGAGAUGUAGAGAAGGGCUCUAAGGCAGUUGCCAACUCGAACUUGGGAGAGAUCCUGCCUGUUUACCGCCAGGACAGUCAUCUGGCAGUGCAGGGUGGCAGCCAUGAAUUUCCAGGAGAUGGCACAUACUUACUGAAGUUCGACAACUCCUACUCGCUCUGGAGGAACAAGACUCUGUAUUACAGAGUUUACUACAGUGCCUGAGUUAUCAAGUGCAUAUUGAAAUGGAAGGUUUAAGUGAUGCAUAUUUUUAUCUUAUGUAUUGAAUUCCUUUAUAUGUUUGAUUCCUGUUUUUGUUGAUUUGUGGUUUCAGUAAAUCCUUUGAUCCAGUAAAUCCCUAUCAUAGAUCAAAACGUUUGCUUGUGUUCAAGAUGCUUAUUUAAGUGAAUGGGAUCAUGAGUCUCAUGAUGUGUGCAAUGUGUUUUGUGUGCGCUGAAGGUCGUGCAAAUAUUUCAAGGGUCCAUAUAUAUUUUACUAUUGUAUCGUCUGACACCACGUCUGUGGCAUAUCAGGGACUAAAGCAGUAAUCAGGGAAAGUUAUGUUGGUGGUGAUCCAGGUCAAAUAGUUUUAAAUCGGUUCACACAAAUGGGUCAAGUAUGAGUAGCAGAUGUGGUUGCCACUGUUAAAUCAGGUAAUUAAAAGUGUACAUUUCUUGAAUGUGAGUCAUAUGAGAAUUAAGUUGAAUGUUUUGUUGAUUUAUUGAUGUGCAUUGCCAAAAGAUUUACACACUGUACCAUAUGCACCCUUAAUACUGUGAUCUAUCUAAUCAAAAUCACAGUGUAGCCACAAAGCCUCCACUAGUAGAGAUAUAUUAUUAACCUCAUAAUGUUUUUACUGCAGUUGGAGACCAUGGAUGGCUAUCGAAUCAGUCACCUGGGAGUCAUCAUGGUCACCGCCUGCUUGUUUAUAACUUAAACGGAAACCAUUUCCUGCCACAGCUAAUUUAUUACAUGACUGAUUCAAUAUUUACAUGUCCCAUGCUCCCUUUUAGUAUAAAACAGAUUGUUUAAUAUCAAGGUGACUUUCAUGGAUCAAGAUUCAGAUGUUCAUUAGAAUGAAUUUCUGUUUUUAUCAUGUGCGAUUUGUCACACAAAGUACAGCCAGCAAAGGUUUUAGUAUAGUAUUCUAUUUUAUUUCAGUAAAAUGUAUCUAUUUUAUUUAUUUCUCCCCAUAGUAUUACGAAUCGAAUACCAAAUCACACUGCGUAAAAUGAGACCUGUACUCUUGGCUCCUGUCUUAUACAUUUCGUACCUUAAAUUAUUUGCAUGUCCUAAGAGACUGUUGCGUUGUGCUGCUGCAUUACCAGUGCGCUAUUCUGCCUGUCCUUCUGCGCAUCUUUUUGUAGAAUAUAAAUACGAUGUGUUUUUUCUUGUUUUCUUUUGCUGUCUCCAUUUGUUUUGGUGUUUGUUGUUCACAAUAAACACUGCUGAUGAAUUCAGUUUGA